ACACAGCCAAACUGCUGCGUGGCAGUCCUUUGUCAACUGCUUCAGCGAGACGGUCAGGUGAAGGCUGAACUCAACCGGGGCGGGUGUUCGUUCAACUGCAACAAGGACUGCAAAUGCCAUUCAUUACACCUGGAGGAGCUGAGCGACUAUCCAUAGACUCGACGAAAUAAGAGGCAAGGACGGGUUGCAGGAGCUGGACAUCAAGUUGCAGCCUACCUGUCACCACUACUGUCGUGGCUGCACCAGUGACUGCUGCGGAAGUCGGGUGAAUUCAUCAUGUCCCAGCACAAGCAUUUCACGGUUGAGCAAAUCGUGUACGAAGGACACAUCGAUCUGGGAGAGAAUCUGUGGGAAAAGCUCGGCAGGCCGGUGGGAAUGCCGCACCUUGAAGAACGAGACCUCAAGCUUCUCGACGAAGCGAUAUCUCUUUUGAAUCCGCCAGAGGCCCACGUACGCGUGGUCGAAGUGGACACCUUCACGGAAAGUGAGCGCUCCAUCGUAAAAGGGAGCGCCCGUAUUGGCCACGGCGACUUCUCCCUGAGGCAGAUGACGGCAAUUUUCAAGCGAGCUUCGCCGUCCGGAUUGGGCAUAGCGGAACUGACAGCCACAAAUGACGAUGAGAGUAAGGCCGAAGAAAGCGACGUUGCCCCCGAAGACUUGACGCCAGAGGCUGCGGCGGCGGCGCUCAGGGUAUCCGAAAGAGACAAGGAAGAGGAAGCGAUGAAGAAGCCACCAAAACUCCCCGAGAUAAUUCUCUUCUGGGGUAGGAACAUGCGCCGGGGAGGGAAUCUGAUCGUGUGCCCUGGCGAAUCGUCCAUGGACCGGCUCAUACAGGCCUAUUUGGUGUGCGAAGUUGUCCAAGACAGCAAGCUCUUCGACAAGAGCGUGACGUCAUUCAGGGAGCGUGUGACGACCGAACGGAAGGGGGGGUUGAUGGGGGUCGAACUAGGUGAAACGUCGACCGCGGAACAAGAUGCGCUCGAGAACUUAAUCAGCGACUACAGUUUCCACGAUGCGUCGAUCGGAAUCAUUUCGCUCGUCGCGAGCAUCUACUACUUCUUCGUGUUAGCCAGGAACCAUGUGAACGUGCUGACGUUGCUGGCGGUGGCGGUCGUGGCCGGCUUGAACCAAGAGGCCACCUGGCCAUGGGUGUUCAAGCACAUUCUCCUGUGCGCUCGCAUGAAGGACCCGAUAGUCAGAGUGUCCCAGUGCCGGCUAGUCCGCCACCACCAGGGACAAUUGUCUGGGCAGGGAUUUCUCGCUAUCGGGCUAGCGGCAUUCGGUGUCUACCUCGAGGUGUUUCCGACGACAGAUGGCGACACGCCGCUGUUAUUCCGCAUCCUUCUGAACGGGUUUCAAGCCGCGAUGGUCGCCGUUCUUGUGGUGAACAUGGUCCAAGCGGUGGAACCCAUGGAUAUGUCUCGAGUCAGCCCGAAGGACCGCCUGAGGCCGUGGGCAAGGAAGUACUUGGACGACAACGUCUUCGACACCAAGUGGUACCUCACGCUGCUUGUCGGGGUCUUGUGGUCAGGCGGUGUUACGGUCACGAUCUUUGUCGGCGUAUCACACGAGUUUGAGGGCCUCGGCUAUACCAUUCCCGUCAUCUGCUUGAUCGUGCUGGGGCUAUCUAUUGCUGCGGUGAAUCCGGGAAUGGCUCUCCUGGGCGCUUGGGGUUUCAUAUGGCUGGUACCGGUGGGGUUGGCGUUCGUGUGCCGGUCGGCAUUCGACACCGCUCUGAUGCUUAUCAACAAGGUGUCGCUCACGUGGAGGCGCAUGGCAAACGAGGUUGUCUCGCAUGCGAGGGACAGCGCGCGGGGAGAAUUCAGCGUGCGGGAUAUCCUGAAGUUUCUGCUUCAGGUGCUGCCGCUCACGCCUCUGUUCUUGGUAUCCUUGCCCAUCCCUUUGCUCUACUUCUUCGUAUGGUUCAUCCACCUCUCCAUGCGAGUGCUCCUGCGUGUAGCCGAUGCUCUCAGUGCGCCAGCGUUAGAUUUCCGCUUGCACCCGAUUUUGAGCGACUACGGUUCGGUGACAUGGAAAAUGGACCGCUUGUCCAUGGACGUGGAGAAUAGAUCCAUGAGAACACUUCUCAUGGCAAGGAUCGACAAGCUCAUGGAAUCCACAUCGGCCACCCUUGGAGAGCGUUCCAGGAGCGGGGUAAUACCUAGCAGGCCAUACUGGCACCUGAGUAAAACGUCCGCGAACAGACUCGGGUGCAUCGCCGUCAAGAUUGGUACAGGCGAGGAAGAGAAUUCCAAAACCCUCCUCGUCAGCCCCGACUAUAUUCCCGACAAACCGUUAGCACAUGCAGACGCACCUGCUAGCGUCUGUUGAGCUUGUGAUUCCUUCAACAGUAUCCCCCCCCCCCGGUGUUU